CCAGGUCUUGCUUUCCCACCCACCCCCCCUCCGCCCCUCGAAGCGCACCCGGAGAAACAGUGUUCUGCAGAAAUGCAACAAGUAGCACCCGGAGCUCACUGAGCGCCUAGCGCCGCCUGACUUGGCUGCGGGAAGCCUGUCUGCAGAGACUCGGGCCGGACAAAGGGCGGAGGAGGGGCUGGACUGCGCAGCGGAGUUCGACAGAGGCCAUUUAGCGACUCUGGGUAGGCCAAGGGGAAUGCAGAGGAGACACAGAGCCGGCAGGCAAAGAGGACGGGCCGGCCGCUGCACGCAGGGCGGGUGGGGAUGGAGACUGCCCGUGCAGUGCGCUUCCUGCUCUUGGUGUGCGGCUGCCUGGCACUCCCACCCAGUGUCGAACCACUGUGCCCGCAGCGCUGCGACUGCCAGCACCCCCAGCACCUCCUGUGCACCAACAGGGGGCUCCGCGCCGUGCCCAAGACCAGCUUGCUUCCGAGUCCCCAGGACGUGUUCACCUACAGCCUUGGAGGUAACUUCAUAACCAACAUUACAGCUUUCGACUUUCACCGCCUGGGGCAGCUCAGACGGCUGGACCUGCAGUACAACCAGAUCCGCUCUCUGCACCCUAAGACUUUCGAGAAGCUCUCGCGGCUGGAGGAACUCUACCUGGGGAACAACCUUCUGCAGGCCCUGGCCCCAGGCACGCUGGCCCCUCUGCGCAAGCUGCGCAUUCUAUAUGCCAACGGGAACGAGAUCGGCCGCCUGAGUCGAGGCUCCUUCGAGGGCCUGGAGAGUCUGGUCAAACUGCGGCUGGACGGGAACGCCCUGGGGGUGCUGCCUGAUGCGGUCUUUGCCCCCUUGAGCAACUUGCUUUACCUACAUCUGGAGGCCAACCGAAUCCGCUUUCUAGGGAAGAACGCUUUCGCCCAACUGGGCAAGCUGCGCUUUCUCAACCUCUCUGCGAAUGAGUUGCAGCCCUCCCUUCGCCACGCAGCCACCUUUGCACCUCUACGUUCCCUCUCCACCCUCAUCCUCUCGGCCAACAGUCUGCAGCACCUCGGGCCGCGCGUCUUCCAGCACCUGCCACGCCUCAGCCUCCUCUCGCUCAAGGGCAACCAGCUCUCGCACCUUGCACAGGAGGCGUUUUGGGGUUUGGAGGGCCUGCGCGAGCUACGCCUGGAGGACAAUCGGCUGAGCCAGUUGCCCGUGGCUCUUCUAGAGCCUCUGCAAAGCCUGGAGGCACUGGACCUGAGCGGCAACGAGCUGUCUGCUCUGCACCCCACUGCCUUUGGCCACCUGGGCCGCCUACGCGAACUCAGCCUACGGGACAACGCACUCAGCGUCCUUUCCGGAGACAUCUUUGCCGCCAGCCCGGCCCUCUACCGGCUGGAUCUAGACGGCAACGGUUGGACCUGCGACUGCCGACUGCGGGGCUUGAAGCGCUGGAUGGGAGACUGGCACUCGCAGGGUCGGCUCCUCACUGUCUUCGUGCAGUGUCGUCACCCCCCCGCCCUGCGGGGCAAGUACCUGGAUUACCUGGAUGACCAGCAGCUGCACAAUGGGUCUUGCUCUGAGCCCUCUCCCUCAGCCUCCUCGACAGACGAUGGUAGGCUGCGGGCUCUAACCACACCUAAGGGGGAGGAGAGGGCGCCCCCUGCAGGGAGUCUAGUGCAGGAGCUGUCGCAGCAGCCUCAGCCGCAGCCGCAGCCACACCAGCGCGGGCGAUUCUUGACGGGGUUGGUUUGGGAUGGGCCUGCCCGGGAGCUCCUGGGCAACCGUAGCGCCCUGAAGAUGAGCCGACGGGGCCCAGGCCUCCAGCAGCCCGGUCCGUCCGCGACUGCUGCUGCCUCAUAUCCAACGCCACACCUCCUGGACCUUCUUGAGAAGCCAGAGAGGGGACGUCCGACUCUGGCCCAUCCUCCCCACUCGGAGCCCACCCCGACGGCUGCACCCAGCUCUGUGUCACUACCUGCCAGCGACCCCUGGCAGCACGCGGUGCAGCAGCGCCUGGCAGCCCAGCAGCAGGAGAGCACCGCCCGCUCCGACGGUGGGGCCGACCUGCCGCCUUUAGUGGCAGACCCCUGCGAGUUCAACAAGUUAAUUCUGUGCAACCUGACGGUGGAGGCCGUGGGCGCCGAUAGCGCCUCGGUGCGUUGGGCAGUGCGGGAGCACCGCAGCCCUCUGCCGCUGGGCGGUGCGCGCUUCCGCUUGCUCUUCGACCGCUUUGGCCAGCAGCCCAGGUUCCACCGCUUCGUCUACCUGCCGGAGCGCAGCAACUCGGCCACGCUGCGCGAGCUGCGCGGGGACACCCCUUACCUGGUGUGCGUGGAGGGCGUGCUCGGGGGCCGGGUCUGCCCGGUGGCCCCCCGGGACCACUGCGCGGGGCUCAUCACCCUGCCAGAGCCCGGGAGCCGGGGCAGUGUGGACUACCAGCUGCUGACCUUGGCCCUGUUGGCCGUCAAUGCAUUGUUGGUGCUCUUGGCCUUGGCGGCUUGGGCGUCGCGCUGGCUGCGGAGAAAGCUGCGGGCCAGACGGAAGGGCGGAGCACCUGUCCAUGUUCGCCACAUGUACUCCACCCGACGGCCCCUGCGCUCCAUGGGCACAGGCGUGUCCGCAGACUUCUCCGGAUUCCAGUCGCACCGGCCGCGCACCACCGUGUGUGCACUCAGCGAGGCGGAUCUCAUCGAGUUCCCCUGCGACCGCUUCAUGGACAGCGCGGACAGUGGUGGGGGCGGUAGCCUGAGGCGCGAGGACCAUCUCCUGCAGCGAUUUGCAGACUAGAUCCAGGGACCUCCUGGAGUGUGGAGAGCAUCUCAUAAGGCUUGAGAAGUCACCCUCAAGCCAGCUGGUGGAAAGAUCUCAUUUAAUCAGACUUUGUCAUUUCCCCCCUUUUGUGUACUUGCCAGAGAAGCCAAGGGGUCAGGGAGCCACUUGGCACUUGGGGCACCACCCCUCAGUUCCCAGAACUCAUUAAAGAACCAAGUGGCUGCUUUUGGUGGACAAGACCAAGAAUAGAGGACAAAGGGGUGGUGGGAUUUAGAGGCGAGAGACCUGCAUGUGGAGACCAGAUUGAAAAAAGAAGAUGUGUUAAAAAAAAAAAAAAAGAGGAUGUGUUGCCUCUUAUGUUUUAGUAUCACACAUGAGAAUGACUUUAGUGGCAUUGCAAUGCAGUCGCCUGACACCUUUCUGGUAGAAAGGGCAUGUAUGCCCCCAGCAAGGCAGAAAGAUUUGGGUGUGCUGUUUUUGCUCAAUGUCAAGCAAGGAGAUUUCCUUUUAUUUAAGAAAAAAGGAACUCAUUACCAUUACAAAGGAGGCUUGACAACUGCCUCCACUAGACUGGUGGCCUCUGCCAAGUAGACUUACGCUGGAAGCAGGUGGUGAAAUUUAACACACUCGCCAAUGAACUCUUUUAUGUUGGUUAAUAGACAGUGAGGAUAACUUAAUGUUUAAAUAGUAAGACUUUUUUUUAACAAUGUGAAUAACUCUGGUAUGUAACAAACUGAUCAGUAAUCUCAAGGAUUAGUGUAGUUGAGUUCCAUGAGUCAACUGUAUUCAGUACCCAGAAUUAGUACCACAAGAAUCAUGCUCACCUUAGAGAUAACUAAAUUUAUGUACUAUCUCAGAGGUUAAAUGCAAGACUUUUUUUUUUAAUCAGAGUAUCUCCUGUGGCUUUUUAUUUUUUAUUUCUGACCUACAUAUGAACAUUUUAAUGCUAGAUUUGGGAAAAUAAUGCACUGUGUAAAUGAUGACCUUGUGGAGAACUCCAGCAUUCUCCUUCACUGGCCACAUCUCUGACAGUGUGUCCAGACUGGAAUAAAAAGGUUGUGUUAUUUCUCAUGUUUCUAACAGUGACACAUCACACUUACCUUUAAUUGCACAGUUAAGUGACAAAGGUAAUUUAUUAUUUGAAAGGAAAUGAAACGUGAUUGUCAAUCAAUUGUGUAAUGUUUGACCACACUGAUGUCUUAAACUAUAUGAGCUAGUAGAGAGGAAGACAUUAUUCAGGGUGAGGAAUGGAGAUGUGAAAAAAAGGACAUCAGUAGGGGUCUGUCUCUACUAAGAUAAAAGAUUGUUAAGAGUAUUUAAACUUCACUGUGAAAUGUUAUUUUCUACAAAUUAAUCACUCCACUACCCAGUGCUUUAUCAUAUUAUUAAAUCUUCUGUUAGUUAAUAAUUGCAGUAUUUCCUUUUAAGUGUUUUUGUUAUAAACUUAGGGUUAGAUGUUUUUAUUUGCUGAGUUGUUUUCAACUAUUGAUAGUUGGUAUACUUCUGUCUCCUAAUAUUUAUGAAAUGCAUGUUUAUCACUAAGUCUAGUGCUUUGGUUUACAUUCAUAACUGAGUGUGUGGUCUAAAAAUACAAUCACUACAAGGGCUUACACAGUGGUUAUGUUCACUGUGAUUGUGGAUUUAUUGGCAUUGGGGUAUCAUGGUGACCCCUGAAAUGGUGCUAAGGAUGACAAUGAAUCUUCUGUUUAGGGCCUUAAACCCCUGAGGGUCCUGAAGUCUCAGGGAAUCUACUACACUUCAGCCAGACCUGCCCUUGUCCCAACAGCUGACUAGGACCCAGGGAUGUAAAUGAGUUGACCUUUGUUUAUGUUAAGUAGAGUAAAUGUCCAGACCACUUAAAGGACAGCUACUUUUCUGGCAGUCUUAUCUGUGGGGGCAAAAUUCAAUAAACCACAGGAGAUAAGCUGUCAUUCUUAAUUUGCUGCCAGUGCUUGUUUUAGAUUCAGAGCUUAUUUGUACACGGGCGAGUGUUGUUCAGUCUUAUUUUCAACCUUCAGGCUAUCUUGAACCUUUCAUGCCCCUUGCUUUAUGCAUUUAUAGAGCAAUCACAUCCCGUAGCUGUUCCUGUAACACUGUAACACUGAGUUCUGUUGGAAGUCUAGAAAACACCUUGGCUCUUCUCACCCUUUUCAGCUGCAGAACAUCACUGAAAAUGCUUAGUUCCUGGACCUAUAUAUAAAAAAAGCAGUUUCACUGGAAAGUCUUUUAGUGAGAAAUGACUAAAUGUUAUACAUUAUUAUUUUCAGUUAUGUCAUAUUAAUGGAGAUGUUUUGUCAUUGGAAUUUCCAAACAUUUUGUAUGCUUUGGUAAUGAUGCACUGCAUUUUUCUGUAUCACCUUUCAUCAAAGAAAAUGAAACAAAAGCUUGAA